GCUCAGCAUUCAGUGUCCACGGGCUGAUUAUUGUAGUUCUACGCUGUGUGUAUAGGCAGUGUGAUGGAUGGGCGAGCAGAGAUGGAGGUGAUAAGAAGCACAAAAGGGAAUGGAACUGGAGAGGUCAAUGUCCACUUGGUUGAGAAUACAGUGCAAAAUGCUCAUGUACCAGCAACUGCCUUCAUCAUACCAGCAAACACAACCACUGUAAACCUUUCUACAAGCACCUUAGAAAUCCAGCGAUUCCCGCGGGAGCCUCAGAAGAACCCGGGGACAGAGAGGCCAAGAGAGGGCACGGGAAGUGAGCCAAUCACUGCAACAGUCAUUCCCCAGAUCAGCGGAGUACAGACGUGCAACACUAUUCGGGUUCUGGAGUGGAAAGAUGGGGUAGCCACACUUCCUGGAAGUAAUCUGAGGUUUCGAAUAAAUGAAUAUGGGACACUAAAAGUGGUCAGUGCUGACAAGCCAUCACCUGUGGAGCCCCUCAAGGAGUGCCAUUUGGAAAGAGAUGGGGAUGUUGAGAUGGCCCCUACCAGCAAGGACAGUCCCACUGUGGCUCAAGACUUGGUCAUUCCAGAGCCCCCCAAGCUUCCAGGUGGGGACAGCAUGUGCCAUUGCAGUACUUGUGGCCGGAGAAAUGUUUCUGGGUCAGCUCAAGAAGGCAGAGGGUUUUGCAGUGAAAACUGCCACCGACAAUUCAAAGAAAGGUCUGUCAUUGUAGAGAACUCUGCUGGCAGCACCAAUUCCACUGAAAUCCUCAAGCCGGUGAAGAAGCGGAAGAGGAAAGAAUAUCAGAGCCCCUCAGAAGAAGAGGAAGAGGAGUCUGAGCAAAUGGAAGUGAAACAGGAGGAGACAAAUGGUUCUGGAGGAGAACCCACUGCUAGCAACAUUGGAAAUGAAGAAUGGAGUACUAGUCAGCUGGGUGAGGAGAAGACAGAAGGUUGGUCCUGGGCAUCCUACCUGGAAGAACAGAAAGCCACCGGUGCCCCUUUAAAUCUGUUUCAGGAACAUCAGUUGGUCAGCCAGCACAAGAAUGGUUUCAAGGUGGGGAUGAAGCUUGAAGGAAUUGACCCCCAGCACCCUUCGAUGUACUUUAUUCUCACUGUGGCUGAGGUAUGUGGUUAUCGGAUGCGCCUUCAUUUUGAUGGCUAUUCUGAAUGUCAUGACUUCUGGCUGAAUGCCAACUCCCCUAGCAUUCAUCCAGCCGGCUGGUUUGAGAAAACAGGGCACAAACUCCAGCCACCAAAAGGAUGUUUAGGUUAUAAGGAAGAAGAAUUCAACUGGGCCAACUAUCUGAGGAUAUCCAAAGCUCAGGCAGCUCCCAAGCAUCUCUUUGUGACCCCAGAUAGUAAUGCUACUCCAACAGGAUUCCAAAUGGGCAUGAAACUUGAAGCAGUGGAUCGUAUGAAUCCUUCCUUGACAUGCGUUGCCACGGUGACAGAUGUGGUGGACAAUCGCUUUUUGGUGCACUUUGAUAACUGGGAUGACACAUAUGACUACUGGUGUGACCCCAGUAGUCCCUAUAUCCAUCCAGUUGGUUGGUGUCAGGAGCAUGGAAAACCUCUCACACCUCCUCAAGACUACCCUGACCCUGAGAACUUCAGCUGGGAAAAAUACUUAUCAGAAACAGGUGCUUCUGCAGUGCCGGCUUGGGCCUUUAAGGUGAGGCCGCCCCAUGGCUUCUUGAUCAACAUGAAGUUGGAGGCAGUGGACCGAAGGACUCCCUCCUUGAUUAGAGUGGCCAGUGUUGAGGAUGUCGAAGACUACAGGAUAAAGGUCCAUUUUGAUGGUUGGAGCCACAUCUAUGAUUUCUGGAUUGAUUCUGAUCACCCGGACAUUCAUCCUGUGGGAUGGUGCUCCAAAACUGGACAUCCAUUGCAGCCUCCUCUCAGGCCAAAGGAAUCCCCCUCUUCUGCCAAUGGGAGCUGUCCAACCCUGGCAUGUAAGACCCUCCCCAGCACCAAGAGUUCCAAAUACAGCUUUCACAGGAAGUGCCCAACACCUGGUUGUGAUGGCUCAGGUCAUGUGACAGGCCGGUUCACAGCUCACUACUGCAUCUCAGGGUGCCCUCUAGCCGAGAAGAACCAGGGAAGAGUGAAGACUGACCUCUCGGACACUGAGAACUCACUUCGAAAGAGGAGCCUAAUUGGCUUCUCUCAACGGAAGAAAUCUCGACACCAUGGAAGGGGGCGACCUCCAAAAUACCGGAAAAUCCAGCAAGAAGACUUUCAAACUAUUUCUUCAGACAAUAUGCACCAGUCUCUUUUCAUGUCGGCCUUAUCAACACACCCUGACCGUUCCCUGUCUCUCUGCUGGGAGCAGCACUGUAAGCUCCUACCAGGAGUGGCUGGGAUCACAGCAUCUACAGUGGCCAAAUGGACCAUUGAUGAGGUCUUUAACUUUGUACAGACCUUGACGGGUUGUGAGGACCAAGCAAGACUCUUCAAGGACGAGAUGAUUGAUGGAGAGGCAUUCCUUCUGCUGACUCAGGCUGAUAUUGUGAAGAUCAUGAGCGUCAAGCUCGGCCCGGCACUGAAAAUCUACAACGCCAUCCUCAUGUUCAAAAAUGCUGACGACACCUUAAAGUGAUCCACCGUGAGCAGUGUUUGACUUCCUUCUACAGGAGCUGCCAAAACUCUCAUCUGUCUGUCUCAGCGGAGUGGAGACCUUCCUGAUUUGCUGCAGCUGUAAAAUCCUGCCAACUUGCUCUCUUUGAGUCCAUCUUCAUUUACAUGCCAAAUCCAUCCCCUGUCUCUUUCUCCUCUCUCUUUUCGACUGGUCUUUCAGAAUACUUCCCUUCCAUGCCUAGCAGUGGAGCUCUUGCAGUGUCCUCCCUGAAGCCACAAAUCCAGCCAGGUUCUUCUCCUGAUGUUUUAAAGGCACAGAACAGGAGUUUGAGACUGGGCUUGCUGCUGGAUUUAACCUAUCUUGGAUUUAACCCUUUAGCUCUUGGCUGCCUGGAUUUUCACUCUCUCAAGUGUGCCUGGGUUAGAUGAGAAGGAGGAUAUCUAUGUAUGGGCAAGAAGUACAGGCAGUUACCCAACUGCAAAUGACAUCAAAUCCUUGGAAGUUCUUUAACAUCUGAUAUCUCUGAGCAAAAGUAAUUCUCUGAUGAGCAGGGUUUUGACAAUGAACUUAUCUGGGGGCAGAUGAUGCUAUAUCCAGGGACUCUGAAGAACUGGGUGCUGGUCCUUCUAAGAUAGACGAUUGGACUAAAUACACUGUAGACAUAACCUGCCCUGGCAAUUCUGUAUUCAUCGUUGCUGUUGAAAAAAAAAAGAUAGCUUGGUGCUCACAGUUUAUAUACUUGUAAAUUUGCCAUGUUAAGCGUGGACAAUGAGAGGAACAAAGUAGGGUUCCUUGAUGUAAUUUCUGCUAGUCUGGUCCUUGGGGUCUGCAUGAAGCAAAAAAAGAUAUAUGGCAUCUGAACAAAACAAAUUAGGCAAUCUAACAGACUUAGCACUAAGUAUAAAGCAAAUAGCACCAUUAAGGGAGAGCUGGGCAGGGAAUGGCAGCUAACUUUACCCCUUGCCACUAGCUGGGUAACUGUUGGGCAGUAUGAGGGGGGAAUCCUAUACAAAGAAGCAAUUUUUCAGAUUCUUUAUCCUGAUUUCAUCAGUUCUUCCCUAGCAGACUCAAUUAAAUUCAGUAUGUGCCAAAUGUUUACCUUCAGCUGGUUGACAAAGUUUCAAGAUUUACAGGGCAGCCCUAUGCAAAAUUACUUUAGUCUAAAGCAACUGAUUUCAGUGGGCUGUGACUGGUAUCAUUCUGCAUCGGGCUGCGCUGAAACAUUUUUAAAACACUGUUUCUGAAUGACUACCUUAAAUGCUGGGGGAAAAUCCCCAGAUCGUUUGCUGUGUACUACAGCAGAUAUUUCUGAGGCUUUCUUGAUAUUGGCUGAUGAUGGAUAGUCACAGAUGUUCUGUGCAUCCAAUUUAGCUAUGUGGAGUUACCUGAAGAGACUUGAGUUGCAAAGCCAACUCUGCUUUUAGGCAAAGUAAAAAAUGUGACCUCAGGCAGUGUGGCUUAGGUGCUACUUACAAGCAACAAAUUUCCAGUUUUAUUAUUUAUUAUGAAUAGUGGGGAGUUUCUUGGGAUGGGACUACUAGGACAACACUUUCUAACUUCUGUCAUUCUAGAAUUCAUUCUGGAUCAUUCUUUCUUUAUCCUAGAAGUUCAGUCCUUAUGGAUCUUUAUCUCACUUUACAAUCAUCCUGUGUAAUGGUUUAGGUUAAAAGACAGCAGUGUCCAUGGACUCCAGACUGGAAUUUGGAUCAGAGUUUUUCAGGUUUAAAACUCAACCCUCUAACCACUGUACUGCAGAGAGUUCCUGGGUAUGAAGCUUCCUAAGGUCAUGAAAAUUUUUGUUGUUGCUGUUUUUCCUCAAACUGUAAAGGUGGGGUAACUGUUCUUUACCAUACAUACACCAGCAAUGUGUCUCAUAGUACUGUGGUUCGUGAAGUCCACUUUUUAUGGUUGGGUCAAAUUCAUGCAAAGUUUCCCAUGGAAAUGCAGCAUUUUGCCUCAGAUAUUAUGAAAUGCUUGGUCACAUGUGGCCUUCCUUUUAAACAGUUGGCCACUUGCCAUUCAAGUGAAAUGCAGGUCUCAGUUUUUCUCUUGUUAUCAUAGUAAACUUUUGUUUUAAGUAAAUGUUAAAAACUUUAUCCUCCCUUUGAACAUCAUUAGAUGUUUACUUGUUGGGACAAAUAAUACUGGGAAGAAAGAAUCUUUGCUCUUCUGGAUAAAAUCUUCCCAACAGAUGCAACUGGUUGCUGAGUGUAUGGUGCCAAAAUAUCAUCCUUUUCCCAAAGAGGUGUUCUUCAUUUUAGUCAAUCUUGAAAAAGGAUGGAGAGGACCACUGAAGAUUACCUAGAUGACUGUUUCCAAUGGGAUUUUCAAAAAAAGAUUUGUUUUCAGACUCAAGACAGAACUGACAGAAGCCCAGUUUCCAUGACCACUUACAGAUCAGUCGGUGUAUUUGCAGGAAACAAACCCUGCCAAGAAGGAUCAUUGCAUCAUUCAUAAGUUUCCAAGAAUGAAUACAUUACCCCGUCAACUCCAUCGGUGGGAAUGAAAAUGGAUUAUUGAUAUUAUGGAUGGGAAUGACAUUGUCUGGAAAUGUGAAACUUGACAGCUGGCUCCAAACAUGUUCCAUUAAGCAGAGAUACCUGGAUGCUGCCAAGACCCACUUCAAGAGAAAUGUGUAAUGGAGUAGAGGCUAUGUCUGGUACGAUUACACUGAAACCUCGACUGAUCAAGCCAGUUCUACUUCUCUGACUCUAUAGGUUUUGAUUCCAUUCUUUGGCUUGGAAAGUUAAUUUUCUUCUGAGUCUUAUAGCUGGAGCUGCAGCAGGUGGCUACUUGAGAUCUUCAGUGCCAAAUGUUACUCCGUCAGAGACUUAGAAGCUUAACAUGCCCUAGAUUCCCCUUCAACUCUCUUUCCACUCUUUCAUGCCACCUUGUAAGAAAGCUGAAGUGGAUUUGCACCAGGAAUGGAGUUGUUGCUCCCAACAGCUCUGAAUUCUUCCAAAAGAACAUGAUCCUUACUGGAAAUAAGUGUAAAAAGUCAAGUCUCUAAUAUUGUGUGUGUGUGAGAAACAAAAAUAACUGUAGGUGGUAGGAGUGUUCACCCUCAAAUAACAUGGAACUUCAGCACUCCUGUCCUGUUUAUCUAACGUCAUAGAUACCGUAGGUCAUUCCUCUCAUCCUUUGAGGCAUGAAGCUUCUGAAUGAAUCCAGAUUGAGGAAACUGUAGCUGUACUUGACAAGAAUGCUGAAGGGCUGCUUAUUGCUGAAACUUGGUUGGACCCUUAUCGUUCUGUGUAAAGAAAACCAAAUCGAACUGAACGUUUGUAUGUGUGUGCAAGGGAGACAGCAGAAUCAAAGGGAACUUGCCUUUUUCUGUGUUUGCUCAACCCUGUGUCUGGAAGGGUUGCUUCAGAGACAUUAGCUCUGAAAUGCAGUGGAUGAGGGAGGGAGAGACGGGAGGCAGCCUUGAAGUCACCAGAUAUUCUCUUGAAGUUUAUAGCAUUACCAGGUGGCCUGACUAUCAGAGCCCUGGGAGAAUACUGCCAAUCAGAACAAAUGUCCUGGCAUAGAUUAAUCUGCUAGUACUGUAAAGGCAGCUACUUGUACAUUGUCUCAUUCUAUAACAACUUGGUGAGUUACGGUGCUGCUUAAGCAUGAGUAGAAUACCUAAGAGCCACCAAAGUGCCAUGCUGAUUCUCAGAACUUCACUCCAAAGGCCAUAUUUUGACUGAGCCUUUCUUGGAAAAGAUCCCCACCACUCCAGUUAAAGGACCUCAGGUAGCAGGCACCUUUCUGUGUCUAAGACCUCAAAGAGCCACUGCCAAGUUGCAGGAAGCGGUACUGAGCUAGAUGAACCAAUGGCCUGAUUCAAUGUAAAGCAGGUCCCUAGGGUCCUGAUCCUGGCAUGACUGAAGUUAGUAGAAUAGGGAAUCAACUCAUGCACCCUAGGGGUUAUUUUGUCUCAAGAAUCGUAACAGCUCCCUUUUGGGAGUCAGUGGCAGCUAAAUAGUUUCCUGAGCAAAUACUCAUAGGACAAUAUGGCCUCUACUUGCCUCCUCAUAGGUUCCUGCACAGUAGGUGGCAUUUCCUAGUUCUUAGCAAUUGAGAGCCUAGGCAUCUUUUCCAAGACUAAGCAAGACAAUCAGCCAGAUAAUGGAUGUAAAUGGUUUGGAACCCUUCCUCACUUUUGCUAAUGGUAUUGUUCUGAGUAGUAGUUCUCUGUCAGUGGCUGAAUCACAACCCACCUUGGCUCAAUGGAGGCUUCUUCUGGUUCUUCUCCACUCGGCUGUAGCAAUUAUGAUUUAUCCCAGCAAGCAUGAUUGUUCAUAGUUUUGCAAGGAAUGGAUAGGCAAUAGAGUCAUUCUGGUAGUGUGAUGAUUCACCAGGAUAAGGCCUGAUGUACUUCUAUGAUACAAGAGAAGGUAUUACAUUCAGCUUGCGUUGAACCUCUCCUUUGGUGUAUGAAUUCACCAACAAGUAUAGAAAAUAUUACAGAAUCUUCAGUUAAUGGAUUUCAGUGGACUUAGAAAGAUAUAACUCUAGUUAGGAUUGCACAGAAGGGACUUAGCAGAUCAUAUAACUCAGUGAUGGCGAACCUAUGGCACGAGUGCCAGAGGUGGCACUCAGAGCCCUCUCUGUGGGCACUUGCUCACAGGGUUCAUAAUGCAGGGGGGGGGGGGCAGAAAAUCACCCACACACACAUACUCACAUCUAGGCUGGCUUGGGGCGUUGGGCACAACGCCCCGCAGAGAGCAGGAAGGACUCGGCUGGUGGGCCUGGUGCCUGUGCUCCGGAUGGCUGCUGCCCGAGGUGGGGCAGAGGAUUAGGAAGCGGAGAUGCUAG